AUGAACCAACCACUUUGGAAGCAACAAAACCCAAACAACAACCCGUUACGAUUUGAGGAGAAAUACACCAUUCAAGGACUACUGGACAAAGGAUCGGAGGGUGUUGUGUACUCAAUUUAUCACAAAGAAACAAAACAAACGUCUGCAUGUAAAAAGAUCGAGUUACUCACAACGGGGACGGUUGCCCUCCGCGCGCUUCAAGAAAUUCGCGUGUUGAAAAGUCUUUCCCACGAAAAUAUAAUAAAGCUUGAGGAGGUCUACUUAGAGCAGUCAGCAACAAGCUUUGCCGUGUUGUUGGUGUAUGAGAUGUAUCCAUCCAACUUAUCGGACUGCAUCAAAAAUGGAAAGAUCACUGCCGUCACGCAAAUGAAAUUUAUCAUCUCGCAGACCGCCAGCGCACUGUGCUAUUUACACAACAGAGGUAUUAUUCAUCGUGAUAUCAAGCCAAGUAACAUUCUUGUUGGAGACCGGCUGUGUGUCAAGUUGUGUGACUUUGGCUCUUGUAAGUUACUCACACAGACAGGAAACUACCCGACCCUCCAAAGUGUGUCAACUAAGAUCUACAUGCCACCGGAAGGGAUGAAUGAGGGUAUUGAAGAAACAACAGCUAUAGAUAUCUGGCAACUUGGAUGUGUAUUCUUACAGAUGUUAUUGCGGUCACCGCCGUUUAAGGGUCAUUCCUUAUCUUCAAUUAAAAAGAACAUCUUGUCUUUACUGAAGCCAGAAGAAGACAAAAACGUGAAGGAGCGUGUCGAGAAGAUAGAGAAAGUGUUUUCAUUGGACAUCCCCGAGCUACUUUCAAAAGAGAAUAAAGGGAUUCCGUAUUUCAUUCGGACACUGAAAAUCGAUACCAUGUCACAAGAACUCAUCUUCUUAAUGCUUCAAGUGUCACCGAAGAAGCGGAUCACAGCACAACAAAUCCUCCAACACCAAUCCAUUCGAAUGUUUAAGCAACGAAUGGGGGAAGAUGUGAAUAGACAUGUCAACGCUGUACAGGGGAAUGAAAACUUCGAAAGUAUUAUAACGCUGAUCCAUGAGGAGGAAGUCGUCGUGUGA